AUGUCUCUAACAGAUCUACCUUAUGCUGUCGACGCAGAAUCACCAUUAACUAUCGAAGAAUUGAGUGUGCUUCGUAGACAAUUUGAAAAAGAAGUAAGAGAAGACGACGUUACAACACAAACAAAAUUCAAUUACGCAUGGGGUCUGAUCAAAAGCAGAAGGAAAAAUGAACAACAGCUGGGAGUUAGGCUGCUUGCAGAAAUAUUUAGGGAAUCACCUGAACGUCGUCGCGAGUGUCUAUAUUAUCUUGCCUUGGGUCACUUUAAAUUAGGAGAAUACACACAUGCCAGGGACUAUAAUGAUCAACUUCUCCAAAGAGAACCCAAUAAUUUACAAGCUCAGAAUUUAAAAAAACUCAUAGAAGAUAAACUUAACAGAGAGGGGUUGGUGGGCGCUAUGAUCAUGUCGGGAGUCGUUGGAGCUAUUGCAAUUGGCGGUUUAUACAUCGCAUCAUUAUUCAAAGAUAAGAGAAGAUAA